AUGGUCAUUGAUCAUGGCUUUUUCAUUAUACUAGGGGAGUUAAACAAGGUUAUCCCUUGUAACCUCGCUUCUAUUCAUCCUAUCUCGCCGGUUCUUACAAGGGCAUUAAAUGCAUUAUUUGAGGAUCACAAGUUUAACGGAUUUGGUAUGCCAAAAUGGAGUCCUAAGUUAAAUCAUCUUGCUUAUGCAGAUGACACAAUCAUUUUCACAUCUGCAGAGAACUAUUCUUCGAACUUAAUUAUGAACACUCUACAGAAGUAUGAGGAGAUUUCUAGACAACUAAUCAACAAAGGAAAGAGUUCUUUUUAUAUGUAUUCUAACGUUACAAACAAUCUGGUUCAGCAGGUGGAAACCAUCACUGGAUUUUCAAGAGGUUCUUUUCCUUUUGUAUAUCUAGGUUGUCCUAUUACUUAUGCUAGGAAAAGAAAGGCUGAUUAUAAUAAUCUCCUCAAGAAGGUAAAGGACAAGCUGCAUGAAUCAAAAGGAAAGUUAUUAUCUCCAGGAGGAAAAGCAUUGUUAAUUACUAGUGUAUUGCAAAGCAUUCCUAUCCACUUGUUAUUUGCUAUUAAACUUCCAAAAUUUUUAAUCAAGGACAUUCACAAGAUUUUUGCAAGAUUCUUCUGGAGUAGUAAUGAAGAUGUUAAAAAGAGACCUUGGUCAGCAUGGUUGAAUAUGUGCUAUCCAAAGCAUGAAGUGGGAUUAGGAUUUAGGUCCAUUUUUGAUGUAUCAAAAGCUCUGUGUGCUGAACUGUGGUGGAGGUUUAGAACUGUGCACUCUUUAUGGUUAAAUUUUAUGUGGACCAAGUAUUGCAAAAAGUAG